AUGGUGUCAACCACGUCGUGGAGAUUAUGGCGCCUCCACGUCUUUCUGGGCACUUUUUGUCUACUCCAGGCUCUCUGCAUGUGCCGGGAGCUUGGACGCCUCGAACUUCUUCCUGGAGAAACCUUAGAAGAUACAGACCUAGAAGCUGAAGCUUCUGAAUUCUUAGUCGUCAGAAAAGGAGACAGCGAUGUAGCGGAUCUAGAAACUGCGGCGUCACACCAUCAUGACCAUCACCAUGAGAAGGGAGGUGGCCACAAGCACCACUCUGACCACCACCACCACCACGGUCACAAGGGAGACAAGGGCCACAAACAUCAUCACCACCACGAAAAGGAGGACCACGGUAAACACGGCAAGGAACAUCACAGUGGACACUACAGCGAACACGGUGGCCAUAAGAAGAAACAUCAUGACGAGGCUGGCCACCAUGGCGAACACCAUAAGGGAGAAAAGGGCCAUAAGGGGGCGAAGUACGGAGAGAAGGGUGGCCACAAGAAGGGACACAAGACACAUGGCUACCAUAACAAAUUCCACAAGGACGAAUACCACAAAGAACACAAGUUCUACGACGACUACCACAAGGGAGGCCACCACCACAAACACGGCGACUUCCACGCUCAUCAUGAUAAGAAGGAAGGUGGCCACAAGAAGGGUGGACAUCACAAGUCUGGCCACCAUGAUGAUCAUUACGGAAAGAAGGGUCACCACGACAAGGGUCAUUACGAAGAUGAACAUAAGGGCCACAAGGGUCACCACGGUCACGAAGAACAUCACGGACACCAUGAGGACUACGGCAAGAAGGGUGGUCACCAUGAUGGAAAGCACUGGGGAUACCACAAAGGUCACGGACACUAA